UACGAUCGAUUUUAAAGACAGCGCAGCGCAGACGAGUUUUCGGGCUGCAGCAGCAGUGUGCCUUCUGAACCAAACCGAUCCGAUCAACAGCGCUGCUGGUUAGCACAAGCACAUGGUUGGUGCUACCCACCCUUCGCAACAGCAAGUUUUUUUUAUAUUAGCAGCUAUAAUAGCGUUGCGCGUGAGAAUUUCAACGAUUGCACCCACUGACGCGGUUUGUUUCGGUUCGGACACGCGAUAUUGUGUGAAAAUUUCGCACCUUUGUGCGGAUUGCUUUGGAAAUCGCCAAGAAAGCCAAAGCCCAAAAUUUACUUUUGUGAUCAGACGUGAGUGCAGUGAAUUAUCCGUCCGCGCACUUGUUUUAACGUUACCAUUCGAUUCGAUCGAUCGAUUUCAAAAUAGUUUGGUUCACUCGUGGUUGCGGCUCCUCCUCAUAUGUUCGUAAUCUUAAGCAAUUGGUGAUUGCUUUAUGAUUGAAGUGUGUAUCUGUGUUUCUAUCUACUGUGUUGUCCUUGAAAGUUAUUUCAGUUGAAUAUUUAUAAAUCAGAAGCAAGCAAUUGGAAAACCCUGCAACUGAGAAGCGCAUCGACAGUGUAAAUAUUUUGUACAAGUAAUAAACAAGUGAGUGCUCGAAAUGGUGAACAAACAAUACAACGUACAUCAUCCGAAGCUGCCUAAGCCCAAAAGUGGCCAAAACUCACCUUCCCCGAUGGUGAGGAAUUAUCCAGAGGUUUCCAACCAACCGAAUCCUCCCUCUGGAGCCGGAUCGUUGGAAAACAAUUUAAACCGUGACGGCGGUGAUCAGCACAAUCAUCAUCACCAUAAUCAAAAUCUGCAUAACAGCCAGAUUCAGAGCAAUCUGGAUCUGGAUGUCCGCCGUCGUACCGGUGGAUCCAUUUCACCCUCGAUCGAGGACUUUGGCGAAGAUGGUGUGUAUGGCCGGAACAUCAGCUAUUACAGUGAGACCGCCCAGCUCGGGGGCAACGAAAGUCCGCCCGGUGGUAAUCACGAGCGGCUGAGCGUGAAAGAUUUGACCAUCAGCGAUAUCGGCCGCUUCCAGUACAUUCUGCAGAUGGAUCGUGAAGUGGGAACACCAUACAGUGGCUACACAUCCUCCUCCUCCCAGCACUCUCCUUCAGCACCAAACUCCCUGCCAAGUCAUUUGCACUCCAACCGCCAGGGCUACAAUUUUUGGAAGGCCGGCUCUCAGUCACCCCUCACCAGCGCAUCCUCCAUCAAUUCAUUCUUCCGCCCGUUACCACAAUCCCGCUGCUAUGUUUGGAGAGCAGUCAAAAUGAUGUGGCGCUUCGUUAAGUGGCCCCUAGCGCUUUUACUGGUGUGCAGUCUAUUAGCAUUAGUCGUUUACUUUUUGAUGUCAGACCGAGGCAUUAUGACUAGCACCCUACUGGACGAAACCAAGGGCUAUGAGGUAGAGGAAAACCUAUCCAUCGAUUUCAACGACUUUACUCACACAAACAAUCUGGACAGUGGUCCAGAGACCACAUUCGGGCGAGAUCACAAAGACAAUAGUGUUGGAUUUUCUAAGGAUGGCAAUGCGCCGAACACAAAGUUUUCCUUCGGCAUGAACAACGAUCUAUUGGCGAUUUUUGUGAAAAAGGGCGAUCAGAACAGAAACGAAGGCCAAAGCAUUUGGACCUCUACGGAGCAUGAGAAUCUGAGUGAAGAGGUACCUGCCACUGUAGUGAAGAUUACCAGUAGCACAACCCAUGCUCCCAUUCGAAAAACGAGCACAAUUUCACUGAAGGAUUACACAAAGGCACGCGUUUCGUUUGACGAUGAUGAGUUCACGAGUGAACAACAACAGAACAACGAACAGACGACACGUGCAAUUAACGCUGACAUCGAUGGAAUCAGCAGACAGAGAAACCUCUCCACCACUUCGUCUACCACGGAUUCCAGCUUCUAUCGGACCAAGGUUUCUCCAACGCUGCCCAUUCUGUCACGGUUUGAAAUCACUACCGAAGGUUUGAAACGUUUCAAUAUUUCAGAAGAAGGCAUCUGCAAGUCAACUUCUCUUCCUCUGUGCCGCGGGAUUCUCCCGUAUGAUCUGACCACCUUGAAGAAUCGUCAUCUCACCGCGGUGGAAUAUGAACACUUUCAGUAUCUCAUCAAUUCCAAGUGUUCGAUCCGGGUCGCGGAAUUCGUAUGUCUGGUUCUAGAGCCAGAGUGUAGACCGACCCGCAUGGGAACACUCACACCGUGCAAAAGGAUCUGCAAGUCUAUUUUGGAACCAUGCGCACACAUUAUUGCCAGCUCGGAAGUGCUAACCUCAACCUUUGAUUGCGACAUAUAUCCGGAUUCGAACGAUCAGAACGUUUGUGAGGAUCCAACGCGAAGAAGCAACUGCUUUGCCAAUGAGUUCCGGUGUGCAGAUUCCAGCUGUAUUCCGCUGCAGUGGAAAUGUGACAACAUCAAAGACUGCCAGGAUGGGGAGGAUGAAUCCGAUUGCAAAUUUUGCGAGCGGGAUGAGUACCGUUGUCUAUCGAACGACAAAUGUAUCCCGGACAAAUGGCGCUGUGACCAAUAUGAGGACUGUCCGGAUGCGUCAGACGAAUUGGAUUGUUAUUAUGACGAACCCACCACAUUUCCCAGCGGGCCCAACAGUCAGCGAGAGUACCCUUACGUGCAGGUCCAGGUUCCAAACAGUCCCGUGAAUGGUAAACCGUAUUUGACGAUAACCAACGCGGACCGCGAACGGAAAAAGUCAGAACAACAACAGCAACCUUCUCCGGACUAUGAAUCAUCUGGCGAGGAUGGCUACGAGCCAACAGCAGCGGAAAAUGUCCCACAGGUAGAUCGUAAAAAUCAAACGGAGCCAACUGAAAGCAAUAAGGACCGUAUCGAGGAUCAGACAGAAGCAGAAACCAUCCGGACGGUUUCGGUUCCAAAGUCAUUGGUCAACUUCCAGGACAGCAAGGAAAUAAUGAUGACUUCUGACUCGGAAAAUGACUACAAAUUCAGCAGCACGAGUCGAUCUUUUCUUACCACCGCCCAUGCUUCACCCUGUCCCGAAGGCGAACUACGAUGUGUUAGUGGAAUUUGUAUUUCCGUGAAUCAAUUGUGUGAUAAGGUGGCGGAUUGUGCGGAUGGCGCUGAUGAAGCCAUGUGCGUUUACAAAGAGUGACAGAAACUUCAUCCUCAUUUCCACUUUCUACACUUGCAAAUUAUUAGGAUUACUGUUGGAAUGAUAUAACGGUGCCUCGAAUAGAUUUUAUACCAUUCCGUUGUAAAAGUAUUUAGUUGUAUUUAUAGAGUGAUUUUAUUUGUUAACUUGUUCUUAAAGUCGCUGCGCGGUUUGGAUGUGACAAACACAGAACGUCCUCUAUCAUCAACCAUUACCAUUGUUAAAAGUUACCCAGAUAUUAGAUACAUAAGCGCUAGAACAAUAUGUAUAAUAUGAAAGCAAGGACGAUUGACGUAAUGGAGUGUCAAAUAGUCUACAAAAUAAUUCGUUUUGUGGAGCAUAUUUCCAUAUUUUUAACAAGAAACAUCAAUAAUUAGUCUGUUCGAUAAUGAAGCGUUGUAUAUAAGCCAUUCUAUCGUUUGAAUCAU